CAGAUACGUUUAUUUACACUCAAUACCAAGUCAACCGUAAAUUAAGAGACUUUAUAUAAAUGAUGGCCAUCAACUAGGUGUGGAUCAUACGCUGUUUGAGUUCGGUUGUGGAAACAUUUUCAGUUGAAAUCUGUUUUGAAUACACGAAUUGAUAUUGGUGACUGAGUGAAAUAUGAAGAAUAUUGUGGUCGUAUUAUUAGUAACCAUCGUCUCGCUGGUAUCGUCGAAACCUAUUGAAGAACAACUUGCUCCCAGUGAUGAUCUAAUCAACAACGUUCAUAAUCUGAGGCCGAGACGACAAUUACCAGAUGAGAUUACAUUAAACAAACAAUUCUUCGAAAAUAUUUUCCAAUCCAGUCGUAUAUCGCGGGAUACGAGUGACGGAGAAGCGGUUCCAACCAUUGCAUUACAUGAUCUUAUCAGCUCCGUUGAACAUACAUUAAUACAUUCUGCUCAAAACUUGGCAUUGUCUAAUAUCACCGCUAACCUGACGGCGACAAACGCAGACUCAUCAGAUAGCAAUAAUACUUCUAAUGUCGAGCAAAUAGUUCUACCUAUAUCAGUACCAACACCAACAUCAUCAUCACCUCAACCGGAAGAACUUGCAACGGAAUCUGAAGGCUUGACUACUGUCACGGAAGAGGAUUUGAUUCGUGACCUUCGAUCGAAUGACGAAAGCGGUUCCGGACAUAUAGAGACAGAGUACGAAAGUGUUAAGCCCAUCGAACAUUCCAAUUUGGGUAUUCUAUUUCCAAUAUCAUUGAAUCCAUCUGCUAAUAUAUCGCAUGUUGUAGUAGCUGAAGAAUCAAACGAUGCACCAGUUACGGAACCAACAAUUCCAGCAGACCCAUCGAACAUAACCAUUCUGCAUACCAUUAAUGCAACUCAGACGGUCCCUACAGCAGAAUCGGAUGUCGUUCAUGUUCAACAGCAACAAAUUACAUUCUUUUCGGCUAAUGCUGGUGUCUUUCCCAACAUUCAUGCGUUGAAUGCUGCAGAUUUGCCAUCAAUAUCUCAGACGUUACAAACCACCCCAACAGUAGAUUGUUCGGGCGAAGAAACAUCUGAUGAAUCUACAGACUCAUCAUCAGAAGAGGAUUCGAGCAGUGACUCUUCGAGCGAGGAAAAGGAAAAAACGAAGAAAAGUGGAUGUACUGUGAAGUCCUCAUCAGUUGCGUCUUCCAAGCCAACGGAAAGUUCAACGCCGUCGGAAGAAGAAAUUAAAAAAUUGAAAACAGAUGAGCUGAAAGAACAGAUUGCCGAGGUCGAAGCCGAUCCAGUAAUAUUGACACAGGGUAUUUAACUUUGUAUAAUUUAUUUGAAAGUUUUUUUUUUAUUUUUUAAAUGUACUGAACAAAACAAUUCCAAUUCUCCUGAUACGGAGGUUCUAUUGUAUAUUUUAUUUUGCUUUUUUAUAAAUUUCUCUUUCUACACGUAAAAUUUUUCGUAUGUAAUUUGGAGGUGUAGUAAUAAUAAUUAAUUGAUGAGAUUUGAAAUUAUAUUCUUGUGAUACCAGAAUCUACCAAAAUAAAUAUUUUUAAUGAA